AAAAUAUGUUAUAGUGAGUGUUUGAUGAACAUUAGAGACUUCCUUAAAAGACCUUUUCUUUUGUACCUCUUUGUUCAAACACACCAAUAAUUUUCCAUGGUGUUUGUGUGUGUAUAGGACCACCACCUUCUGGGUUUUUCUCUCUCUGGUCUUUUCUCCCUCUUCCAUAAUUCUUAUAAGAGUUAAAAGUCCCAGUGAGAGAGGAACAAAGGGUGGGAGAAAUGUUUGAUUACUAUCAGCAGCUUGCUGCUAGACCCUCUUACCAAGAUUCCCUUAAGGUUCUUGAGGCUGAUAUUCAGCAUGCCAAUGUGCUGGCAGCUUCUAUUCCAAGAGGCAAGGGUGGUGCCUGCCUUCAAAUGAGAUUGGUUUACAAUCAUUUGGUACCCCUUUUACUGUUUUUGCUUCAGCGGAUGGAUUGCUCAUGUACUUGUCUACUUUCAAGUUAUUUAAACCUUUUUCAAAUAAUUGUAUACGAGGUGCGCUCUGAUGGGAAGCCGGAUGUGUCUUCAUGUGGAAGGAGAGCUACCAUUAAAGAAUUCUAUUCUGUUAUAUUACCAUCUCUUCAGCGUCUCAAUGGCAACUCAUCAGAGUUGGAUAUUACACAAGAGGAAGGUAGCGGCUUCAAGAUGGCUGUGAGGAAAAAAUUGGAAAAUAAGAGGAAGAUUUCAGAUGUGGACUUAGAUAGAGAAGAUGAGUGUGGCAUCUGCUUGGAGUCUUGCACUAAAAUGGUUGUGCCAGACUGCUGCCACGCCAUGUGUAGCAACUGUUACUGCAACUGGAACACAAGGUCAGAAUCUUGCCCAUUUUGCCGGGGAAGUCUAAAGAGAGUGGAUUCAGGGGACUUGUGGGUUCUGACAUGCAGUAGUGAUGUGGUUGACACUCAAACCGUGUUGAAGGAGGAUAUGAUGCGCUUAUCUCUUUAUAUAAACAGCCUUCCUAGGGAUAUCCCAGAUGCUCUGUUCUUAAUGUAUUACGAGUACUUAUUUUAAUAUGAGAGACAUGAAGAAUGAUGCACCAGAAAGUGAAAAAUGCUGACUGCCACCUGUACAUAGAGUCUGGUAUGUUUCAUUCCAACUUGCUAUGUGGGUGGAAUAAUGUACAUCCUCUGUGUAAAAGACCCAAUUAUUAAUUUUGAAAUUGAACUUCUUCCA